UCCAUUUUCUGCUUAACGGCCUGCAUAAGCAAAACGACACCCUUAUUUGUGCACCGCAUUUUCUCCAGAAAACCGAACGGCGUGUUCGACAGUUGAGGUCCUCGAAAAUUCUCAAUAUACGGGAGUGAAUGGAGAAGCAGCAGCAGAGACAUGGAACCGAGGAAAUUCCCACGCGUGACCAGAAAUUUUCAGUUCUCAACUGUAUCGAUCUCUCCAGCUCCGAUAUCCAGCAAUCUGUUUCUUUGCUCAAACAGGCGUGUUUGGAUUGUGGAUUUUUUUACGUGGUAAAUCAUGGAAUAAGCCAAGAAUUCAUGGACCAGGUUUUCUUUGAGAGUAAGAAGUUUUUUCAGCUCCCAUUAGAUGAAAAAAUGAAUCUUCUUAGAAACGAGAAGCAUCGAGGCUAUACUCCCGUCCUCGACGAGCUUUUGGAUCCUGAUAAUCAACUACAUGGAGAUUACAAGGAGGGAUAUUACAUUGGAGUUGAAGUGCCUGAAGAUGAUCCUCAAGCAGAGAAGCCAUUUUAUGGACAAAAUGUUUGGCCGGCAGACUACCUUUUGCCUGGUUGGAGACAAACCAUGGAGAGGUUUCAUAAAGAGGCCCUAGAGGUUGCAAGAGCAGUAGCAAGGAUCAUAGCACUCGCACUUAAUCUGGAAGCUGAUUUUUUUGAUAGGCCUGAAAUGCUUGGCCAGCCAAUUACAGUCUUGCGCUUGCUACACUAUGGAGGUCAGAUUUCUGAUCCCUCAAAAGGAAUAUUUGGAGCCGGAGCUCACUCUGACUACGGUUUGAUUACCCUUUUAGCCACAGAUGAUGUCGUUGCCCUCCAAAUAUGCAAGGAUAAGAAUGCUCAGCCUCAAGUUUGGGAAUAUGUAGCUCCAAUCAGAGGAGCAUUCGUAGUGAAUCUUGGUGAUAUGCUGGAACGCUGGAGCAACUGUAUUUUCAGGUCCACACUGCAUAGAGUUGUAGGGAAUGGUAGAGAGAGAUAUUCUAUAGCAUAUUUCGUGGAACCUAGUCAUGAUUGUCUAGUUGAAUGCUUGCCCACCUGCAAGUCAGAAGAAAAUCCUCCCAAGUUUCCUCCAAUCAAAUGUGGGACUUAUCUUAGUCAACGCUACAAGGAUACUCAUGCUGAUUUGAAUGUAUACAGCAAACCUCAAACUUGAGCCCUGACUUCUGAAUCUCGGAGAUCAGACAGGGUCGCUGGAUCGUCGUCGGUCAGCCUUUCAACUCCGAUGCUGGAAAGCCACGUGCGUGAGUCUCACGCGCCCUCGCAAGAUUCUGCAUAUUUUCCACAUAUUUUCCACGUGCUGGCGCGUGUGAUAUUUUUCGGUGUCCUUUUUUGAUGCUAUCUUUUUUGGUAGAUUCGCCUUCAAGUCGCACCUCUGAUCUGUGUGGAUCCGUGACUUGGUUUAUCUUUUUUGGCGUAGUAGACGUUUUUUGGUAGUUUUUCCGAUAGUAAUUCUUUCCAACAGACUCACCUUCAAGUCGCACUUCUAAUCUACUGGACUCGUAUCUUUUUCGCCGAUGAACAAUAUUUCUUUUUUCAGUAACAAUAAUUUUUUACUGUUUUUUAUAGAAAAAUGAUGAUUUUUUAUUGAAAUGACAAUGACUUUUAUGGGUAAUGUAAGGACUUUUGAUAGUACUUUUGUUUUGUCUCUUAAUUCUGCUUUAUAAAUUAUUGAUUUUGGUGCAAAUAAACAAAUGAUGGUCUCUUCCGAAAACUUUUUUAAUUAUAUUCCACGUCUACAAAAAGAUACUAUCAGAAUCGUAAAUGGUUCUUUUAUUCCUAUAUCUAGAACCAGUUUUGUUGUUUAUACUCGAAAUAUUAAAUUAUUCUCUAUUCUUCAUAUUUCUUAUUUUUUUAUUAAUCUUUUAUCUGUUAGUGCUUUUAUCAAAACACUUAACCGUAAAAUUAAAUUUUUGCCUUAUCAUUGUGUUAUUCACCUUAGUCCAAAAAAAAGCUUCAUCGGCUGUACACUCUGAUUGUGAAGUUGGGUUGGAGAGAGCUAUGAUAACAGGUUUCUGUACAUCGGUGAUAUAAUAGUCAGUUUCCUUUGGUCGAUAUAGGGUGAAUAACUACAAUAUCAGACCAAAUUUCAUAGUAUACAGUGAGAGAAAGAUAGAGGAAACCACAUUUAAAGCAGCCAUGGCUUCAACCACUUCCUUUGUAAAUGGUCUUCCCACUCCAGAUGAUCCGAUCAAAAUUGUUGGCUUAAUUGCCUAAUUAGAAGCAAAUACAUAAACUGGAAAUAACAUAUCAUACACAUUUUUCACACCUUCACAGCACCUAAGAGAUUAUUG